AUGGAGACCGUAAGCAGUACUGUCACCUUUGUUGAGUUGAAGCACUCCCUCGUGCCACGGAAGUGGGAGGAGGCCGUGCGAGUCAUUGGGAUGUCAGAAUGCAAGGAGGCGGCGCUCUCGCUGUCGCACGCCUUUGCUACUGAUGAUCUUGCCCAGUACCUCCUCAACUCGGACGACAUGGCCGGCGCCUCGCCCGAGGAGAAGUGGAGGCUCCAUGUCGACAUCAUGACGUACAUUGUGGCUGCCCACUGCCUCAAUGGUAUCGUGACGACCAUCGGUCCGGACUACGAGGGAGUCGCCCUGUGGAUGCCUCCCGGCAAGAACUUGGACGACUGGUGGACCGUCCUCCGGAGCGGCAUGUGGAGGCUCUACUACCAGCUGUCGCCGGAGGGGAAGAAACGCUACUACGACGAGAUGCUUCCCCUGCUGCACGACACCAAGGCGGAGGUACUCGGCGAGCGCGAUGACGACGCCUACUACCUCGUGUACCUUGGGACGAAGCCACACGGGCGUGGCCGUGGCUACGCUGCCAAGCUCAUCCAGCACAUGGUUGAUAAGGCUGAUGCUGAAAACAGGCCGGUUUACCUUGAGUCGAGCUCCCUGGCCAACAAUGCCUACUAUCGCAAGUUUGGCUUCGAGGUCAAGAAGGACAUCUUCCUCAAGCGUGGACUCGUUCCCGUCCAGCUGUCUAUCAUGGUCCGUGAGCCCCAACCCGUCUGCAAGAUUGCUUACGCCGGGAAGGCCUCCGUCGUGAAGUUUCACGCCGGCCGGAAGUUGAUGUAA